CGUUUUGACAAAGCGAACAGCAUAGAUCUGAGCGAAGUCCAACUCGCCGACAUACCCGCCGUUGCAUCACUGCUCAAACAAUGGAUACGAGAACUACCCGAUGGACUUAUACCGGAAACAUUCUACAAGCCACUGGAGAAUGCCGCAGGUAGAUCAUUCAACGGCCGAUCAGUUGAAGAGCUCCGAACAGUUUUGUCCACGCUGCCACAGAUAAACUAUCACUCCCUCCGGUACCUAUGUCGGUACCUCCGCCUCGUCGCAUCACACGCCGACCGGAACCGCAUGACAACAUCAAACCUGAGCGUUGUCUUUGCGCCGAAUGUGUUCAAAUGCCCGUCGGAGCCAAAACCUGGCAGCACGGAUCUGAGCGGCCAGUCGAGCUUUGUGGCGGAAAGUAUGAUCGUGUCGAAGAUCAUGGCGUCUAUACUGGAUGACAUGGAGGCGAUACUCGGGGCGGUAGGUGAUCGGUACGUUGGGAGAGUCUGGGGAAACGAUAGCGCAUCGACAGGAGGACAGAUGAGCUGCGUUGCCGAUGGAUCAUCUGAUUGGCCACAUUAA